UUUGUGCCAUUGAAAUAUUAGAUUUUGUAAAACUUAUCAAUACAAAAUACAUCUAGAAACGAUAUUUAGGAUUUUAAUUCCAUGAUUAUUUUAGAUUGUUUUAAGGACGAGUAAAUGGAGAAGAAGAAUGGCAGUGAACUAAUAUGAAAUUCACCAUAUAAAUCUCACAGAUAAAAUAUUUAAUUUGCAAGAGUAUUACAAGGAAUCAUCCCUUAAAUAUUCAUGAAGGUAUUGACAACAUUGCCCUACACGUAUGAGACGUUACGAAAUAAAGUGAAACUCUGGAUGGUUGGAAAUUAAAUAUUAAACAAUAUGGAGAAGCGACAACGCAUAGAGCAAGCAAAGAAGGCUAUGGAUAGUGGCAUGAAUCUUUGUCAGAUAUGCCUGCUGAAACAUUUUGAAAAAACAGCAAAGUUUUACUGUUUGGAUUGUUCUAUGCUGCUAUGUAAAUAUUGCAGUAAUCAGCAUAAAAGUGUCAAGGUCACUCAACAUCACGAACUUGUGUCUCGGAAUCAGGCUGAUAUACGUGGACAGGUGUGUACAAAACAUCACUUUGCCCCUGUGAAAUAUUUCUGCGAACAAUGCCAGGAUCUUAUAUGUGUUAAUUGCACUAUGUUAGAACAUAAAGGACACAACGUUAAAGACAUGAGUGCAAAGGCGGUGCAGUGUGAAGAAAAGUUAAAUGACAUGAAGGGAAAGUUAGAUGAUCAAAUUGUUAAACUUGAAGAUUCAAUCAAAAUGGCUACCAGGUUUGAAAAUACAGUGGAACAAAACCAACAAGGAGCAAAGCUUCAAAUUGCUCAAACUGUUUCUGCUGCAAAGAUGGAGUUAGACAAACAAGCCGAAGACAUACAGACCCAAGUUGAAGAUAUUGCACAUAGCAGACUUGAAGCUAUCACAAGAGACAAGGAGAUUCUACAACGUAAAUACGAUAAACUCAUCAACAAAAGAACAGUGAUUAAUAACAGAACGGACCGCAUGAAAGAUGAAGAAUACAUUAAAGAGGUAAUAAAGAUUACAAAAAAUUUAGAAAAGACGAUGAAUGUUGAUAUACCAGACACGGAAAACUAUAAGGUUUUCAAGUUUGUCGCAAUUCUUCCAAAGAAGAACAAGCUUGGUCAUGUCGAGGAAACUAAGGUGGAUAAUAGUGACCUUGAAGCAUUUCUGACUCAGACUGAAGGUGGGAAUGCUGACCACAAAGUUCCUGCAAUUAUGGUGUCACCAAAGACUCCUAUAUAUAACAGCGCGAGGAUCGUCCAUAAGUUCAAAACAAGUAGCUACAUGCAGAGUCCAUCUGCCCUUCUCAUGCUUCCGAAUGGAAAGAUAUUGAUAGUUGACAGCACGCUAAACGGUAUAUACACCUGCGGAAAGAGUGGUGGAAUCCAACAACGCACUUGUGUGUACGAAGCCAUCAAGCCAACUGGGCUAACUCUGAAUCAAAAUGGAAAUCUUGUACUGAGUACCGAGAGGCACGUAAAGAUAAUUUCAACAGAUGAAUUUACCAAACUUAAUGAGAUUCCUGCGGAGAAGUUAUUGAGGACGACUGGAAGUUUACCAUCUGGUGUAGGUUCUGACGGUAAGAACAUAUAUAUAAGUGAUGUCCAUCACGGUAGAGUUUAUCAUGUUGAUCUCGAAGACAAAAAGGUCUUGCAUAAAUUCGACUGCAUGGAUGACACCAAUACACCCCCAGAUGCAUUCAAUCUGUUGAUCAGAGGCAGUAAUGUAUUCCUCACGUAUAGUAUUGAUAGAGUUACUAAUUACCUGAAAAUGUAUAAUUCAAAUGGACGACUUCUCCAUAGCAACAAACUGCCUCGACAUUGUUCUGGACUAUGCUCCGACGCAAUGGGAAACAUUAUCGCUGCAUGUGGGGGUCUUUCCCUUCUUACACCAUCGGGGUUAUUUGUAAAGGAGUUAGAGGUGUACGAUAAAAGUGCAAAAGCAUACAAACUAUAUCCAAAGGCAGUGGCGUUUACCAAUGACGGUCUUUUAAUGGUGAUAAAUGUAACGCAAUUUUCUAAACGAUCGGAAGUUCUGAUUUUAGAAUUGCGUUAGAAUAUUAUGUGUUAUCAACACCUUGCGAGGCCUGUUCUCAAAGUAUAAGUACUACAUCGAGUUUAGAAGACUUAUAUUUUACUUUAUUGACUUGAGCAAUAGGUGGAUCCUGUCAUACUUCCGGGCCAUAGCAGUCAUUAUCCGCCCUGGUUAAGGGUGAAUAACGAGUUUUCAUCCCAUGAUACUACUACUUCCCGGUCAAUAACACCAGGGAAUAUAUUUGAUAUUGAAAAGUUCGUAUUAUCCCGCCCUAUCCCCCUCACGAAAAUUGUAUUCACCUUCCAAUCCCGCUUUUGAAAAUAGUAUUCACCUCCCAUGAAUUUUUGAUAAAAAAAGCUUCCUAUUUCGUUCAGUUGGGUCGAUAGAGUGUGCUAUAAUGAUGUUCUUAAAUGUAAGAAACAUUUUUUCCAAACAAAGUUCAAAAUAGAAAUUUAAAACGUAAGGAGAAUGAAGCUAUAAAAGCCUAUUUAAUAGAAGGCGAAUUGUAAUUUCAUCAUCAUGCUCUGUUGACACAGCCAAAGUCAUAGAAAGCUGGGCAACAAGCGAAUGACCUGAUGGACUUGUAUAC